AUGACUGCUGAUCUCGACCCAUGGACUGCUUUAGACGACGAGAAAGAAUCUGUCGGGGAAGAGGAACUCGAUUAUGACACUGGCGAGGUAGAGGUGACGGUGCAAGAGGAGGACGUCGGCUUUCCAAAGGCAACCAGCAGCGACCCUGCUCCAUGGGCUGCCCUCGACGAGGAGGAGGAGUCCGUCGGGGAGGAGGAGUGGAAGCUCGAAUCUCACGACGAUGAUGUAGAGGUGGUGGUUGAAGAUGACGAGUUCCUGGAAGAUGAAGUUCCAGAGCUGCACGAGGAGUUCGAAGAGCUGAGGGAUCUAAAAGAGAACGGAGAGCAAAACGGAGAUCCCCAGGGCGACAGCGAUGAGGAGGUGGUGCCCGGACGGGAAGACGAUCUGAAGUUGUCAGAUGUUCCCGAAGACAUGCGGGAAGCUGUGCAAGGCAGUUUGAGCUUGAAGCGGGUCCUGGAAAAGACGUACGGCAGCCUUCAGACAGAGGAGCCCGACGCAAAGAGGCGACGAGAAGAACCCUUGGAGGGGCCACGGCAGGAGCUGAUCGACCGCUGGAAGUUGCACUGGGACCCCGCGGUGAGGUAUGUCAUGCAGACAGCCGAGAUUGCCGAUGUUGAAGCCGUUGCCAAGACCUCGUGGAAGCCCAUGGCAAAUCCUCCUCGAGUCAAUGGCCGUGAUCCGAAGUCCUUUGCCGAGCAGGUGAAUGAGAAGUUCCUCCUUGCAAGGGAGGACAAGCUGUGCUCCAAAGAGGCUGUCAGCAUUUUGGAAGCUUGGAAUCAGAGGUGGAGCCUCCAAGCUGAAGAUGUGUCGCGCCUGCGGUCAGCAAGCCACAAAAGUCUGAGAUAUGUGAUGCGAGAAUACGACGGCAAACGGCCGAUCCUGGAACUGCUGGACGAAGCGGCUGCCCAGGUGGUCGAGGAAAGCGAAAAGACAGAGGAUGCCCUGCCCGAUAAUCCUGGGCUCUUUACGCUCAGCAGGUUCAACCGAUUGGAGUUGAUCGACUCCAUGGCAGAUGCGCUGGUCCUCGGCGAUGCCAACCUGACCUUCUCCGCCUUGCUCGCGGAGCACCGGGAAGGCCUUGGGCAUGUGGGGCGUGUGGUUGCCACCACGUUUGAGACCAUCGAAAUCCUGCGAGAGCGCUAUGCGGAGAUCGAUCAGACAGUGAAGGGCCUGGAAGACAAGAUGUCCGAGGUGCUUCACAAUGUGGAUGCCACGAGGCUCGCUGUGGAUCCUCGGUUUCAGGGCAUGGAGAAGAAGUUUGGGGCCGUGUAUUACAAUUUUCCACAUGCAGGUGCCAUACAAGGUUUUUUUGACGGUCAUCCGUUUGUUCGUUGGCGCCAUGAAAACCUUAUGCAUUUGUUCUUCCGGGCUUUGCGGGGCUUCGUGAAAAAGGGUGGAGUUGUCAAGGUGGCCUCGAACUGCAACGCGACCGGCGUUCGAUAUUCGGACAUUGUCUUGGGAGCGCAGAACAGCGAGUUCAUCCAUGUGGAGACGUUUCCAUUCCUGGAGUGGCAGCUCAGAAACUAUCGGCGCUCCUACGGCGACCGCCGCGACAAGGGACGGCGACCCGAGGACGGCGAGAUCUACCGGGCCCAAAGGGCUCAGAGAGACAUGGUUUACUGUUUCCGUUACGAGCCUUCGGGAGACAACCCACCAAAGCCAACUGUUCGGGAGCCACCGUCGAGAGCCCAGCUCAUGGCUGCUAAAGAAGGCAAGCUUCAGAGGAUGAACGGAAAAGAACGCGAACGGCGGGUUCAGGAGAUCGGCGAUCUUUUCAAAGCGUAUGCCGCAGGAAUUCACGUUGGUUGA